GAAAAGCGAGCAGAGAGAGAGAAGAAAGCGAGCCUUUUUUUUUUUCCUUUAUAUUUUUUUCGCAAGACGGGAACGAGAAAACCCUCAAAAUCUGCUGCUGUUCCUUCGCCCAAACCUUCUCCGCCUCGUUCCGGCUCCCUCUCGAUCGAUUGGAGCCAAUGCAGCUCCGAUUCAAGCUCUUGUGCGUGUCAGGCUGAGCUCGGCGAUCUCUUGGGCGUGGUUCUUAAGACUAUAGGCUUCGGAUCGACCUCGGUAUGGCGUCGCGGUACGAUUCGAGGCAGAGGAGAACGGUGCAGUCGCCGGCGUCGUAUAAGCCUGCUAAUUCUCCGACUUCGUCCACGACCUCGUCGUUCAGGCAGGUACCCGAGGCCUCCGCCGAUGGGCAGAGCUCGCCAGCGUCGUCGACGGCGAGAGGCAAGCCGCAGUACUUCUUUCCAGACAGCGAGGUGCUGGACGCGGAUGGAUCGAAGGAGAAUGUGACGGUUACUGUUCGGUUCCGGCCGCUCAGUCAACGUGAGAUUCGUCAGGGAGAGGAGAUUGCCUGGUAUGCUGAUGGGGAUACCAUCGUUCGAAGUGAACAUAAUCCGACUCUUGCAUAUGCUUAUGAUCGAGUUUUUGGGCCUACAACAACAACACGCCAUGUAUAUGAUGUGGCUGCUCAGCAUGUUGUCGGUGGUGCUAUGGAGGGUAUCAAUGGCACAAUUUUUGCUUAUGGAGUUACAAGCAGUGGCAAAACACAUACAAUGCAUGGAGAUCAAAGAUCCCCAGGAAUCAUACCAUUGGCUGUAAAAGAUGCAUUUAGUAUCAUCCAAGAGACUCCAAGUCGUGAGUUUCUUCUUCGUGUAUCAUACCUGGAAAUAUACAAUGAGGUUGUCAAUGAUUUACUAAAUCCAGCAGGACAGAAUCUGCGAAUCAGGGAGGACACUCAGGGUACAUUUAUUGAGGGUAUUAAGGAGGAAGUAGUAUUGUCUCCUGCACAUGCACUCUCCCUUAUUGCAGCUGGAGAAGAGCAUAGACAUGUCGGAUCCAAUAACUUCAAUUUGCUAAGCAGCCGAAGUCAUACAAUUUUCACACUGACAAUAGAGAGUAGCCCAUGUGGUGAUUGUGGUGAAGGGGAAGCAGUUAACUUUUCCCAGCUAAACCUCAUCGAUCUGGCAGGUUCAGAAAGCUCAAGGGCUGAGACUACUGGAGUACGACGGAAAGAGGGAUCUUAUAUAAAUAAGAGCCUAUUAACUCUUGGAACUGUUAUUGCAAAAUUAACUGAUGGAAAAGCUACACAUAUCCCAUAUAGAGACUCAAAAUUAACACGACUCCUCCAAUCCUCUUUAAGUGGUCAAGGGCGUGUAUCUCUCAUAUGUACAGUUACUCCAUCAUCAAGCAAUGCAGAAGAAACACACAAUACACUGAAGUUUGCUCACCGUGCAAAAUGCAUUGAGAUUCAAGCUUCUCAAAAUAAAAUACUUGAUGAAAAGUCUCUAAUAAAGAAAUACCAAAAUGAGAUACGUUGUUUGAAGCAAGAGCUAGAUCAGUUAAAGAAAGGGAUUGUGACUGUUAAUCCGCAUAAAGAUACCGGAGAAGAUGAUAUCUUUAUCUUGAAACAGAAGCUAGAAGAUGGUCAUGUCAAGCUACAAUCAAGACUGGAGCAGGAAGAAGAAGCUAAAGCUGCUUUAUUGGGAAGGAUUAGCAAACGAGAUGGUGGGACAGCAUUGACUAGUUCAGAUGGUGACAAAUCAAGUGGGACAAAAUCACACACAACACCAACUCCUCAAGCAGAGAGCACACACUUAUCUUUUGAGAAUGGUUUAUCAAAUUCCUUGGUACCAGAUAGUAUUCCUGCUGAUCUUCUUUUGGAGGUUGACCAUGAUAGAGAACUUCCUGCCGACAAUCUUUCUUCCCAAGAGACACCAAUGACAAGCAUCAAAACUAUAGAUCAUCUUGAAUUGCUUAAAGAGCAGCUAAAGAUUCUCGCCGGAGAAGUGGCACUUCAUUCGAGUAUUCUAAAGCGACUUUCUGAUGAAGCUGCUAAGAACCCAAAGAAUGAACAGAUUCAAAUGGACAUGAGGAAGGUCAAAGAAGAGAUAAAAGUAAAGAACCAGCAAAUCAUAUCUUUGGAAAAGCAGAUGGCUAACUCUCUCUCAGUGUCUCACAAUAGUAUGCGAAACUCGGGAGUUUCACCUUCGUAUACAGAACUACAAGAACAACUAAAUGAGAAAACUCUUGAACUCGAGGUAAAGACUGCAGAUAACAGUAUUAUACAGGAUCAACUGCUGCAAAAGAUACACAAAUGUGAAGAACUGCAAGAAACUAUUACUUCCUUGAAACAACAACUUGCACAAGCACUUGAAAUGAAGGAUUCCUCAAUGAAUGUCAAAUCACAGUAUCAUUUUGAGGAAACAUUCUUUCAUGAGAUGAGAACAAAGUCUGAAGAUGGUUUGUUGAAUGAUACAUCAUCAAAAUUGCAACACGAAGAGGAUCUGGUAUCUGAAAUCAAAGAACUAAAACAGAAAGUAUCCGAACUAACAGAAGCAAAUAGCCAGUUAGAAGCUCGAAACCAGAAGUUGGCAGAGGAGGGUGCAUAUGCUAGAGGGUUGGCUUCAGCUGCCGGUGUGGAAUUGAAGGCAUUAUCUGAGGAAGUCACAAAACUUAUGAACCACAAUGAGAGACUGGCUGCUGAAUUGGCCUCUACUAGAAACUCCACUCAGCGCAGAGCAAGCAGUGUACCAAGGAACACCAGAAGGGAAUCUCACAUAAAGCGGCACGAACCUACCAUAAAGAGAGAAGUAAAUGCUAGUUACGAAAGAGAGCUAGAAGCUGCCCUUCUCGAAAAGGAGCAAAGAGAAGCAGAGAUACAGAAGAAACUCGAGGAAUCCAAACAGAAGGAAGCCUUCUUAGAAAAUGAACUAGCAAACAUGUGGGUCCUUGUGGCUAAGCUGAAGAAACCUCAAGGAAAUGAACCUGAAGUUUUGGACUACUAGCGAGUGCAGUCAGUGUUCCUUAUGGCCAAUAGCCUGUGUCGUGUAUAGAAAACAUUGUAAAACAUUGAGCUCUCAUAGUUUGAAUUUAUUUUUGUGGAUUGUU